UUUCCCAGAUUUAUAAGAAUUAGUAAGAAAAUUAAAAUUCUCAAUCAAAAUUUAUUUAUUUUAUACUAAUAUUUUUAGAUGUAUUUCAAUAUUUCAGGCAAAAUUCUAAAUUAAUAUGAAUAAAUGUUUUGGCUAUGGAUAUAAUAUAAACUGUACGCCAGAACCUCAUUUGAUUUCCAGAUGUGGAGAUAAGUUUCGAGAACUUAGAAAAUUAGAUACAAGUGAUUCUCACGAAAUACUGAAAGUACAUGGCACUCGAUCACUGAGUCCCGAUGUGGGUUCGAAUUGCAAAUGCCAAAAAGGAAUAGAAUGUCAUAAUAAAGGAAUAACUGCUAGUCAGACACACUGGUUUAUUCCUGAACAUGUAUGCCCUGGAUAUACAGGAUGUUUUACUCUUAAAAGGAAAGGAAUUCCAAUGAAUAUGAGCUGCAAUGACUUUUUAAGAUUAUUGGGAUGUGAUCAAGACAAAUUUUAUCAUGAUGGGAAGCUGUACGAAGACCCUUUUCCGGGACCGCCACCUCCCUUUGAUUAUUUAAAAGAAAGAAAACGAUGUAGGAAUGGGAUUUGGAUGAAGUGAAACUAAUAAACUUUUAGAUUUGAACAAUUAAUUCGUAUACAAUGAAUUAUCUUAUCGUAUUUCAAUGUACAAAAUAAAAAGCUCAAA